AUGGGGAAGUUGAGUCAUUGUUUAGAUUGUCCAACCCAAGCUCACUACACAGCGACUUUAUGUGUGCUUAAGUAUCUCAAACAGUCACCAGCCACUGGCUUGUUCUUUGCUACAUCCUCAAACGUCUCUCCAACAGCCUUCUCGGAUGCCGAUUGGGCAGCCUGCCCCAAUACAAGGCGGUCUGUAACUGGUUACUGCUUCUAUCUUGGCAGCUCCCUUAUAUCAUGGAAGAGCAAAAAGCAACCCAAUGUGGCUCGAUCAUCCUCUGAGGCGGAGUAUCGCACACUUACUCUAACUGUUUGUGAGGCUCAAUAG